AUGGGGGUGGAUACGCUCCUUCAGGUAUGCAAUCUUGUUGUAUGCCCCACUUGUUCAAUAAUUAAGUAUCAUUCUAACUACUAUUUACGUAUAUUAUGCUGUUUCUCAAACACAAUAUAAAACCAGACAUAACUGUGGGUCACUUUUCAAAUUCAUUAAUAAGGCAACCAAACAGAAACAUAAAAUUUAUAAAAUGUAUAAAAUUAUACAUAAAAAUAAAUCUUUGCCUAUACAAUAAAUAAAACAUACAUAAAAAGCUGAAAGUUAGAUCUUGAUGGAAGCCAUAUCACCUUGUUUAAGUUAAGGGGCUUUUAGCUGUAUUAAACAUCAUAGACCUGUCCAUAUUGAACAACAAAUAUUUGAUCUUAUCCAUAUGACUGACGGUAGCGACCGCUGGUAAAGAUUUCUCCAAAUAUUUUUGCUUUGGUGUUUCACUUAUCAAACACUGUCAAGCACUAAAACCACUAUGUAUCAGCAGUCAAAUGCUGUCAAAUAUUAAAAUCAACUCCAGCAAAUACAGACAUUAAAUAUCUGGUGUAUACUUGACAAUGUUUGUGGAGGAUAAUUUCCGAGAGCAAAAUAGUUUCAACUCUAAACAUGUUGAAACUCAAAAGACUGUCUUUGUUUAAAGUUCAUGAUUCUUGCUCUCUCUCUUUUUGGUGGGUUCCUUUUUCUGGACAGAGGCCAGAAUGGUCGGUAAAUGUUCUUGCUUUGAGAUGUGGGCAUGUUUACUUCGGAUGUUUCUCUUUAGCUUUUGGAACACAUGAGUGAGGAGGAUCCUUCCUCAGUGGUAAUAACUGGAGCUCUGUCUGGAUUCCUUUCACAUUCAUUUCAAGGUAUCUGUCUCCUUCCCUGCCCCUUCAGUCAGACAAGAACAGGAAAUGCAAAAAGCUCUUCAUGAAGAUGACCAGGAUUCCUCAGAAAGCAGUUCAUACCAAGAUCCCAUUAGAAGGGAUUCCUUUAGUCAGCAACAACUUCCAGCUCCACUGGCACACCAGGAGCCAGAAACAUCCACAAGGUCUCCAACAGGCCAAAAAGGCACCAAACAGGCGUCUCUAGGGAACACCAAUGAUCAGACCUCAACAUUGCAACAGCCUCCAUUGGUAACCAAUGGCACUAGCAAGGCACAUGUUAGCCAUUUACCAAAACAAGUUUUCCCUUGGAUGAAAGAAACAAGACACAGCAGCAAGCAGAAGAACAACCUCCCAUCUUCAGGUACCUUGUUUUAUCUGUCAUCUCCCAUGCUUGAAUGUGCAUCUAUCCAAUGGUAGCCAACAUGGUGCCCUCACGAGGUUGAUAGACACCCACCAGUCCCAGACAGCAAUGGUCAGGGAUGAUGGGAGUUGCAGCCAAACAGCAGCAUCUGGAAUGCACAUCAUUGGCUACCAUGGAUCUAGGCUAUAGCUUUCCUUGCACUUUCAAAUAAGUGUUCACAUGCAGUACUUUAGCUUACACCAUGCGGUACUUUAAUUUAUACCAUGUCCUUCCUCCAAGUAACUAAGCACACAUUAUGGAGGGUUCACUGGUGGUCUCUUGUCCAGAGACUGCUUAAGACCAGACACUCUUAACUUUACUGGUUGAACCACAGCAUGUGUCUUCAGAGCAUUUUCUGGACAAUAACUUACAAAGUACUUUUGUACUUUUUAUUUGCUUAUGUUUAUAUUCCAUCUUAUAUUGGGAUAAUAGGAGCAACUAGGCUUCCACUUGAGGAAUUCAGUAAGAAUUAUAUAUAAUUUUUCUUUUAGAAGUUGCUCUAAUAUAUUCUUUAUAGGUCCUUUACCAACCCCAACCUCCCAGUAUUAUGAGAAUAGCCAUAUGUCUUAUUAAACAAACAUUAGGUUUUCAUUUAGAUUAAUCCAUUAGCAUAGGAAGGAUAUAGACAUAUAUAGAAAGACAAUUAUUCAGCUGGAUGUAGAGACAAAUAGAUAGACAAACAUAAUAGCAUAGCAUAGAAUAAAACGGAUCAGAACAUUUCCAUUCUUUGCAAAUGGAAACACAAACCCUCCAAACUGAGAAUGUUACUGAGCUGAACCAAAUAUUCUCCAGUUUCCAUUUUUAGUGGAGACUGCAAUUAUGGGGGAACAUAAAUACUCACAUUUUCCAAUUAAGUUACCAUUAUUUUUCUUGAGUUUUUUGGGGUGUGGGGUGGGUGUGGCACCUUUACCCCUCUGACCUCUUCCUUUUCUUCCAUCUUGUAUGAAUUACAUCAGUGAUCCAACUCAGUCACAGAUUACUCAAUUACCAGGAUGAUGUAACAUUCAAUACUGUCCAGUCAAUCAGAUUGGGUUGUGUGAUGUCACUCACUGAGGGUAAAAUAAGCAAACAUUUCUUGCCAGGUGCCUUGUGGAAGUGAGGGUGGGACCACCAAAAAAGGGCAACACAACUGAAUACACUUGCCAAAAUCUGUGAGUUGUUUUGGUUCAGCUCUAACAUCUCUCUGAGUUUUAUCCCCACAUACCGGUAACAUGCAUGCUUGUACGUUGGGGUAGAGAAUCUGUGGCCUUCCAGAUGUCAUCAGACUCCAACUCCCAUCAGCCUCAGCCAGCAAGGUGAAUGAUAGAGAUGUUGGGACUUGUAGUCCAGCAACAUCAGGAGGACCACAAGUUCCCCACCUCUGAUGUACGCCAUAUUAUUAUUAUUAUUAUUAUUAUUAUUAUUAUUAUUAAUCUCCCAGGUACAAUAUUUUGCGAGGCAAUACAUCUAUUCCUUGCAAAGUCAUUAAGAAUCAACCUGAACUGACUUUUUUCAUUUUCUUCAUUUAGACCCCAGCUCCUCUCCACCAAGUCUCUCCUCACCCAAGAGAGUGCGCACAGCCUACACCCAAACGCAGCUGGUGGAACUGGAGAAGGAGUUCCAUUUUAAUAGAUACCUCUGCCGGCCACGCAGGCUGGAAAUGGCCCGGCUUCUGAGGCUCUCUGAGAGGCAAAUCAAGAUCUGGUUCCAGAACAGAAGGAUGAAGUAUAAGAAAGACAGCAGGGUCAAGGGGACCAUUGGGAAGUCCCCGAGCAAAAGUCCUCAAGUGAGUGACUAUUUCAGUCAAGUGGAGGCUGAGUAUGAUUUGGCCACACCAAGUUCAUGUAGCAAGGCCCAGGGAGGGGUAUAUAGUUAUACAGACCCUCUCUUUGACAGCCCCUUAACGUCCAUCUCCUUGGAGUAUGGCCCCCUUUCUCUGCAAGGAGACAGUCAUCAUUAUGGACCUCCAGUUCUGCAAGGGAGUCCAAGUGAAGUGGAAGAAAAUUACCUGGGAAAUAUGCCUGAGGCUGACUCACUCUUCAGCUUCCCUGACUGUUCCUCUGCAAACCUGGACUACAGCUGUGUUGCCGAAAUCCCCAGUCAUCACCAGCUUGGGCUGUCCAGCUCACAUCCCAUUUACACAGAUUUAACAACACAUCCUGUGCCUCAGGGAGAUUCUCAGGGACCUGUAAAUCUUAUGCAUCUGUGA